AUGCGGCAAUAUCGCGGUGAUGCAUCGGUUGCAUUCCAUCUUUCCCUCAAGGCUCGAGCUGGCACGGAUGACUCGGCGCGCUUCACGAGCUUCGAGCGCGAGCAGGAGGGCAAUGAAGCGGAGGAAAGGCGGCGGACGGCAGCUGGGCGGCAGGCCGGUGGCCGGCCGGGCGUGUCGUUUUCUGCAGCUGGCCGGAACGGCGACAACAGUUUCAACGGCGUGUUCCUGCUGCUUCUGCUGAACCUUCUGGCGUUUCUAGCCGAUCACUUUCUACGGCUCCCAGUGUGGUCGUCUCUCUAUCUGCACCACGCCUCUCCGCGCUGGUACCAGUUCGUCACCUCAACAUUCUGCCACGCUGGCUGGAGCCAUCUCUCAAGCAACCUCUUCUUCCUCUACAUAUUCGGUCGGCUAGUGGAGGAGGAGGAGGGAACCCUGGGCCUGUGGGUGACCUACCUCGUGACAGGCGCAGGUUCCAACCUCGUGUCCUGGCUGCUCCUCCCAUCGUACACCGUCUCUGUCGGUGCCUCUGGUGCCGUCUUUGGCCUCUUUGUCGUCAGCGUGCUUACCCGGCUGCAGUGGAACUGGAGGAGGAUCGUGGAGGUGGUCAUUCUGGGGCAGUUCGUGGUAGAGAAGGUCCUGUCAGAGGCGCGGAACUCGGCAAUCAUGGGGGUGGGCAUGGCGGCAGGGUCGGGAGUGAACCACAUCGCCCACCUGGCAGGGGCGCUGGUGGGAGUGCUGCUCAUCUGGAUGGUGUCCCGCCUGCCUGAUGCCAGCAGCAGGGAUAGCGGGGAGGGGAGUGGCAAGAACCCUCGUGGUCACGCCUGCCCGAUGGGAGCAGCAGGGAUGGUGGGGAAGGGAGUGGCAGGGACAGCAGCAACAGCACAGAUGGCGGGAAGGCAGCAGCAGAGUGCAACUCACGGAGCAUGCUGCUCGCCUGCUGACCCCCAAUCACUCUUUGCAUGCUCCUCUGCUGUUCCUUUGCUCUAG